AUGAACUAUGACUUUGUUGAAAGUGAAUAUUUCUAUAACCAAUCUAGUGGUCAGGGGGAGAGUGAGACAGGUAAUCCGAAUAGUGACGCACUCAAUUGGCUACCUCUAUGGGGAGAAACCAUUCAGGGGGAGAAAAAUCCAAGGGAAACCGACCAAAAUCCUAUCACAGGUGUGAGUCCAACAACGCCAAUUCCCCAUGAACAGAACAUGUCGCCUCAGGAAACUGCCGAGCUAUCUGACCAGUCUUUUACUCCUCAGGUAAAAAAUUUUGAUCCCAAUAUUGGUAUCCUACCCGAAACUGCUAACAGUGACAUGGAAAAUAUAAGUGAUACAGAAGAGGGUGAAGAGCCACCUACAGAACAAGAGACUGGGCAUGACAGAUUAUCCCACAGGAGUACGAGGGGCAUUAAUUCUCGACGAUAUUCUCCAGACUGGAAAGGACGGAAAUCAAGGUACUCAGUUGCAAAUUUCACCCAGGGACACCUUACUGAAAUGGCUAGAGCAUUCGAAGCUGCUCUUUAUGAAGAAGAAGAGAUUUUGCAAUCCUUCGAGAUGAGCCAUUCAGAUCACACACUAUUUCUGAAAGAAAGGAAUGGAAAAAUGACAUGCUUGAUUAUUUAUGUUGAUGACAUGAUCAUAACAGGAGAUGAUGUUGAAGAAAUCCAGAAUCUGAAGGAUAAUCUUUUCAAGGAAUUUGAAAUGAAAGACUUAGGAGCUUUGAAGUACUUCCUAGGGAUUGAAGUGUUGAGAUCCAAGCACGGAAUCUUUUUAAGGCAGAAGAAGUAUAUACUUGACAUGCUCACCGAGACAGACAUGCUUGACUGCAAGCCUGUUGAAACUCCAAUGAUACCCAACCAUGGGUUGAAAAUUGUGGAUGGAGCUAAACCUACAGAUCGUGAAAGAUACCAACGGCUAGUAGGAAAACUUAUCUACCUUUCUCAUACUAGGCCAGACAUCACAUAUGCCGUUGGAGUUGUUAGCCAAUUCAUGCAUCAGCCUCAAGAAGAUCACAUGGAUGCUAUAAUGAGAAUUAGGCAUCUUUCCAAAAAAUUAAGAGAAUUUAAUGGCGGCGAGAAAUGGGUUCUGAGUGUGACGGCGCAGACGCCGACGAACAUAGCGGUGAUUAAGUACUGGGGAAAGAGGGACGAGGAGCUGAUUCUUCCGAUCAACGACAGCAUCAGCGUGACGCUCGACCCCGGCCACCUCUGCACCACCACCUCCGUCGCUGUCAGCCCUGCCUUCACUCAUGAUCGUAUCUGGCUCAACGGAAAGGAGGUAUCUUUUUCUGGAGCCAGAUUCCAAAAUUGCUUGAGAGAACUUCGCUCACGUGCUACUGAUUUUGAGGACGAGAAGAGGGGCAUCAAAAUAACAAAAAAGGACUGGGAGAAGCUACGUGUGCACAUUGUUUCUUACAACAAUUUCCCUACUGCUGCUGGUUUAGCAUCAUCAGCUGCUGGUCUGGCAUGCCUAGUUUUUAGCUUGGCAAAGCUAAUGAAUGUGAAAGAAGAUCAAAGCAAACUUUCUGCUAUUGCAAGGUCAGGAAGUGCUUGCAUGGGAAAAGAGGAUAAUGAAAGUGACAGUAUUGCAGAUGAAAAGCACUGGGAUGACCUCGUUAUUAUUAUUGCAGUGGUAAGCUCAAAACAGAAGGAAACUAGUAGUACAUCUGGAAUGCGAAGUAUAAAAGAAAUGGAAGAAGCUAUAGCUAAGCGUGAUUUUCCAUCUUUUGCUCGUCUGGCUUGUGCGGAUAGUAAUCAGAUCACCUCAGGUGGCUUUGAUGCUGGGCCAAAUGCAGUACUAAACACAAAAGAUAGAAAGACUGCAGCCCUUUUGCUUCAAAGGCUGCUCUUUCAUUUUCCUCCUCAAUCCGAUGCAGAUUUGAGCAGCUAUGUCAUUGGUGACAAGACGAAACUAAAAGAUGCUGGUAUUGAGGACUUGAAGGAUAUCGAAGCUUUGGCCCCGCCACCUGAAAUUAAGGAGAAUGCUUCGACACAGAGAUACAGGGGAGAUGUUAGCUACUUUAUCUGCACAAGACCAGGGAGAUGUCCCGUUGUGCUAGCCGAUGAAAGCCAGUCUCUAAUUAACCCUGAAACUGGGCUGCCCAAGUGAACAGCCACAUCUCAGAAGCCGUGUGAACCUUUACAUUCUGUUGCAAGGAAUUUUCUUGUUAAUCCAUUUCCUCUUGCUUUCUACCAAAUCAUUGUGUAAACACCUCUUCAGAAUCCAUUAACAUUUUCUCUGAAGACAAUGAUCUGUGAAGAAUGUACUUGAGGCAACCCCAAACCAUGAAAUUCCCAAUUAUGUAAGACUUGUGCCAAGUUCUAGUUGAUCUCCGAGCUUCCAUCGUUCUUUUUGGGUCGGGAUCACACUCUCUAUAACCCAGUCUAUGAAAAGAAACCAAGUAUAUCCCCAGUUUCUCAGCCAACGCCUGAGAAGUAGAGAUAGUUAAUAAGAAAAGAAGGAUUCUAACUCAAAACCCUUUUUGAUGCAAUACCGAUCUAGCCUCGUUUGUAUUAUAGCCAAAUCCGUGAACCAGAAUGAUCAUAUAGUUGUAGUCAUUUAUGCUAAGUCUGAUUCUAAGGCUUGGUAUUGGUAUGACCACGCUAGAAACUCCAUCACCAACACUUGCUAUACUUCUCCAAAACAUAGCUGAAACAGAGGAUACUAUACUCAGACUCAGUUCUUGUUACCUUUACAAGAGUGCAA